AUGGAAGUCCACUACAACAUAUCCAAUGUUUUGGUGCUUCAACACUUAAAUAUCUCCUCUGAACACGUCUUUCCUGCAUUUCUUUUUGCAACUCUGAGCUACAUGAUCAUACUUUUCUGCAACCUUGUUCUCAUCCUUACCAUUGUACUGAACAAAUCUCUGCAUCAGCCCAUGUACCUUGUAUUGCUGAACCUUCCUAUCAAUGAUCUUAUAGGAUCAACAGCUUUCUUCCCUCUGGUCAUCAAGGACAUACUCACAAACAACAGGACAAGGCAAUACUCGGCUUGUAUUGCCCAAGCUUUCUUUAUCCACAUCUAUGCAGCAGGUACAAUUUUCAGUCUGACUGCAAUGGCAUAUGAUAGAUAUAUCGCCAUAUGUUGCCCUUUGAAAUACAAAACAGUUAUGACGAAUGCUCAUAUUAUGGGAAUAAUCACAUUUGUGUGGAUGGGUUCACUGGUUUUGAUAUCUGUUCUUUUUAUUCUGCUUUUGCGUUUACCCCGCUGUCGAUCUGUACUGCAAAACCCCUACUGUGAUAAUCCCUCUUUGCUGUCUCUGGUAUGUGCAGAUACAACCAUCAAUAAUGUUUAUGGGCUCUGUAUACUCGCUCUCACACAGCUGUUGGCUAAUGGGACCAUCUUGUAUACUUAUCUCCAGAUCCUUGUCACAUGCUUCAGAUCCAAGAGAACCGACACAAAAGCCAAAGCUCUACAGACCUGUGCUACACAUCUGACUGUGUUUCUCCUGUUGGAGUGUCUUGGUCUUUUUACUAUCAUAUCAUAUAGGAUCAGAAAUAUUUCACCACAUUUAAGGAGAUUCAUUGGGAUGUCCACAUUAAUUUUCCCUCCAACAUUAAAUCCAAUCAUCUAUGGACUGAAAACAAAAGAAAUUAGAGAAAAAGUAGUGUACUUUCUUAAGAAUAAAAUAUUUCCAUUUUAG